GAGGCCCCGGGGCCGCCCGGCAUGCGGCGGGCGCCAUGGGCUUUCUGGAGAACUACCAGGAGAUCGACCCGGUCACCCUGAACCUGUGCAUCCUGAUCGCCAGCUACGUGAUCCUGCUGCUGGUCUUCCUGAUCUCCUGCAUCAUGUACGACUGCCGGGGCAAGGACCCCACCAAGGAGUACGCCCCGGACCCGGCGCCCGCCCAGUCCCCCAUCCGCCUGGUGGUCAUGCAGAGCGCGCCGGCGCCGGCGGGCCGCUGGGACACAGCCAACAUGAUCACCACCUACCACGAGCCGGCGCACGCCGACUUCAGGGAGAAGAAGAGCACCAUGGUCUGA